AUGUCUUUAACUGGUUCAAACUCGUGCUCUGAUGUGGCUGCCCCGUCAUAUUUGAGCAUUAUCGCUGCCACCGCGGACUCCAUCCUUGCCGUUACAGCCAUUGUUGGUAACUUGUUGGUUCUACUUGCUGUCAUUCUUGAUCCAAAUCGUAAUCUGCGAUGUCGGUUUAACUAUUUCGUGGCUAAUCUAGCUGCUGCUGAUUUGAUGAUGGGAUGCUUGGGACUCCCCAUGUCUGUAGAAUUCCACAUUCGAGAGUCGCUGACUGAUGAAGUCUUCCAACUUGAUCACCCUCGAGAUCAUGUUAGGAUGAUUAUCAUUUUAAUCUCGUGUACAGCCUCUAUAUUGAGCUUUACUGCCUUGACUAUAGACAGAUUUAUUGCCAUCAAAGAUCCGCUUGGGUACAGGACCAGGAUGACUACUAAACAGGCCCUUGUUGUGUCAUUUCUUAUAUGGUUUAUUUCCAGUGGACUUCCGUUUCUGUAUAUUUACAAGGGCUAUAUGAAUAGUCGGUUUUUCAUCGCUAACUUAGCUGUUGUAGCUACUUUCACCGUGCUGUACCUCAAUUAUUUCAAAGUCUUAAGACAUUUUAACGCUCAAGCUGCUAAUCGGAAUGCCUUGUACGAUGGCCAAGGCCAAGACAACUGGGCAAAAAGGAGAGCUCUCAAAUGGCAGACGAAAAUUACCAAAACUUUUGUGAUCAUGUUAUUGCUGUUUAUUUGCUGCUUUUCCCCAGCAAUGAUUUUCAUUUAUAUAGUCAGCUUUUGUGCAAGGUGUUCUUGUAUUUUCAUUCACUGGAUAAGGGAUUUAAACGGCAUUUUAUUUCGUGCAAACUCAAGUAUGAACCCUUUCGUCUUUGCCUGGAGACUGAAACGCUACCGUGCCGCUUUCGUUAAAAUUCUAAGAUGUGGAAAAACUCUGCAAAAACAUGGAUUCACUUUAUCAGACUUGGGUACUUCUAUGAAUAACUUAGGAUUUGCAGUAUCUGGGACCUACAAAUAUCACGGCAAUGAGGAGACUUAG